AUGAGUCCCAUAUUUCCCGUUGAUUAUGAAGGACCCAACAACACAGCCCGAUAUUCCCAACGUUAUUACCCUGAUGGAUACGUUGUAGGAGAUCCUCUGGUUGCCCCACAAGAACACUCUCCAAGGAGACCAGCCCCACCUCCCCAACCAUCCUAUCAUCCAGAACCAGCUCCUGCUCCCAGACCACCCCCUAGACAAGUAGCUCCAGCCCCACCUCCGCAACCACAGCCAUCCUACAGGCCAGCACCACCUCAACACAGUCAAUCCAGGCCUGCAUCCAGACCAUCACGGCCUGUUGAGUCUUAUCCAGCUGAAGCUGCUCCACCACAAGGAUACAGAUCCGUGCCUGCAAGUCAGCCUGAAGCUGUACCACAAAGAUACCGUCCCCAACAAGCACCUCCUCAGGGAUACAGGGUGGUGCAAGCUCAGGCACCACAGGCCGCACCACCACAGCACGCCUCGUACGGCAGCAGCAGCAGUGAAGAACACCAAUAUCCACCACAGCAGCCCCAACAAAGUCGAAGGCCUGUAGCUUCCCAACGACCUACUGCUGCUUAUGGCCCUUCAUCAAGGCAACAAUAUCGUCAACCAAUAAGUGCCAGGUCCGCUGCAGCCGCUUACCAACCAUAUGCUUCCAAUCAAGCUGCAGGUGUUGAAUACGAUGAAGAUUACUAA